UCAAUACAUUUUCUCUUCUCCUUCCUGUGCAUGUGAAUGGGUCUUACCCUUGCUCUGUUCCAAUUCUGGUUUUUCUUCCUUUAGAGAACAACUUCAUUCAAUAAAAUCCUCUCUUCAUAUCAAUUUUUAGCUUUUUUAAUAUUUUAAGUUUGUGGGAUUUUUAUUGAAGUGUGUUUUAAGAACCCCUUUUUCUUCUAGCUCUGUUAGAGCAUCACAUCAUGGGCAAUUGUUUGGGUUCCUCUGCAAGAAUUGAUGCCACUCACAGCACAUCUGAAGCUUCAAAAUUUCCCAGUGGUUCAUUAGCUCCGUCCAGCAUAAGCGUUCCCUCUCACAGUAGCAAAAGCAGUGUUCACAGCCUCCCUACUCCAAGAUCUGAAGCUGAGAUUCUCUCAUCCCCCAAUGUUAAGCCCUUCUCAUUUAACGAGUUAAGGAAUGCAACCAGAAACUUUCGACCUGAUAGUCUUCUUGGGGAAGGAGGAUUUGGUUAUGUUUUCAAAGGAUGGAUUGAUGAGAACACUCUUGCUGCUGCAAGACCGGGAUCUGGACUGGUCAUUGCCGUGAAGAAGUUGAAGCCUGAGGGUUUCCAAGGCCACAAGGAGUGGUUGACAGAAGUCAAUUAUUUGGGGCAACUUCAUCAUAGUAACCUGGUAAAACUUAUCGGUUAUUGCUCUGAGGGGGACAACCGGCUUUUGGUUUAUGAGUUCAUGCCAAAGGGAAGCCUGGAGAAUCAUCUGUUCAGAAGAGGUCCUCAACCCCUCACAUGGGCUACAAGAAUCAAAGUGGCUAUAGGUGCUGCUAAAGGCCUUUCUUUUUUGCAUGAAGCUAAACAUCAAGUAAUAUAUCGAGAUUUCAAGGCCUCUAACAUUCUUCUGGAUGGGGAAUUUAAUGCAAAGUUGUCUGAUUUUGGAUUGGCUAAAGCCGGGCCAACUGGUGAUAAGACUCAUGUAUCUACUCAAGUUAUAGGUACUCAAGGCUAUGCUGCUCCAGAAUAUGUUGCUACAGGCCGAUUGACGACAAAAAGUGAUGUAUACAGUUUUGGGGUGGUUUUAUUGGAACUAUUGUCUGGACGUCGUGCUGUUGAAGAAGAAAAGGUUGGUGUGGAACAAAAUCUUGUUGAUUGGGCAAAACCAUAUUUGGGCGAUAAGAGAAGGUUGUUCCGAAUAAUGGAUACAAAACUCGAGGGUCAAUACCCUAAGAAAGCAGCAUACACUGCAGCUACCAUUGCAUUGCAGUGCCUUAGUCGAGAACCAAAACUGAGGCCAAACAUGACUACUGUUUUAUCCCAACUUGAAGAGCUUCAAUCUCCGAAAACUGCAUCAAGAGGCGAGAAUCGAACUUCUUUUGAUCCUGUAUAUAUGUCGCCAUUGAAACAUCGAAAUACAGCUCGUAAUGUGACACCUUCGGCGUCUCCAUUACCAUCAUACUUGAGAUCUCGGGUUAAAUGAGGCAGAAUAAUGUAUUUUCAACUUAGUUCUAUCCUUUUUGUAAUAUAAAUAUGUUUUAGUUCAAGCUUCCUGCUUUUGUUAUUGCUGGAUUAUGUGUUUUAACACCAUGAAGCUUAUUAAUGAAAGUUAGUUUCGAAAAUUU